ACAUUUCUAUAGAAAACGUUUAUUCAUUCGCGUUCAAACUACAUUUAAAGUUGAGAUCUGGUGCGCAAUAGUUUUGUACUUGAAACUGUAAAGCAAAAUUAUUUAUUAAAUAUUGUUUAUUCUUCCUUAUAUAACAAAUUAAAAAAAAAGAAAUCAGUCCGAACGCCAAUUAAAAGCUUAAAUAAAAUGAUAACGAAAUUUUCUAUAAAUGGCAAACCCUAUUCCGUAAAUUUGGAAAGUUUACCAGCUGACAUAACUUUGAAUACAUUUAUUCGGGAUUAUGCUGGUUUACCUGGUACCAAAUUCAUGUGCCAAGAAGGCGGAUGUGGUGUUUGCAUUUGCGUUGCUACUGGAAAACAUUCGGUUACUGGGGAGAUCAAAACAUGGGCUUUAAACUCUUGUCUCACGCUAUUAAAUACUUGUCUGGAUUUAGAAAUUACGACAUGUGAGGGUAUCGGUAAUAAACGCGAUGGCUUCCAUCCCAUUCAAAAAAGACUUGCUAAAAUGAAUGGCACUCAAUGUGGUUACUGCUCACCGGGAUUCGUUAUGAAUAUGUAUGGACUGUUAAGAAGCAAAAAUUGUAAAGUAACCAUGGAAGAGGUAGAAAACUCAUUUGGGGGCAAUAUAUGCCGUUGUACAGGUUAUCGACCAAUUCUAGAUGCAAUGAAAUCAUUGGCUGUAGAUAGUAACAUUAAAAUUCCCGAAGAAUGUCAAGAUAUUGAAGACCUGUCUAAUAAAACUUGUCCCAAGACUGGACAAAGUUGUAGCGGCAACUGCAAAGAUAAAAGAAAGCAAUAUAUUUCCUUGUCCUAUGACAGCGGUGAACAAUGGUUCUGGCCCAACUCAUUGGAUGAAAUAUUUAAAAUAUUCUCUGAACUAAAGGGGAAGGAAUACUCUCUAGUAUCUGGAAAUACGGCUCAUGGUGUUUUCCGACGCUCUAGUUCUAUUCGAACAUUUAUCGACAUUAAUUCCAUACCUGAAUUACAUGAUUACAAAUUAACAACAAAUUCUUUGAGAUUAGGUGGUAACUUAAGUCUUACUGAAACGAUGGAAAUAUUUGAGAAAGCAGCAAUGUCAAAAGGAUUUGAGUACUGCAAGAAACUUUGGAAACAUUUUGAUUUAGUUGCUAAUGUGCCAGUAAGAAAUAUGGGUACUUUAGCGGGUAACUUAUCUAUGAAACACCAGCACCCCGAAUUCCCUUCUGAUGUAUACUUAGUGUUUGAAGCACUCGACGUACAUGUAGUUGUACAGGAGUCAUUUAAUGAAGAAUGCGUUCUUUCACUCUCAGAAUAUCUAAAAACUCCAAUGACCAAUAAGAUAAUUAAAUGUUUUGAUUUGAAACCUUAUAGUAGUGAGGAGUACAUUUUCGAUUCGUACAAGAUAAUGCCAAGAGCCCAAAACGCACAUGCCUAUGUAAAUGCAGCUAUACUAAUCCAGGCACGUAAACCUAAUUAUAUAGUUAAGUCUACACGUAUAUGUUAUGGUGGUAUCAAUCCAGGUUUUGCAAGAGCUCUUCAGUUGGAGACAUAUUUAUUAAAUAAGCCCCUAUUUGAAUUGUCUACUAUUAAAGAAGCUCUAACAUUAUUGCAAACUGAAUUAAAAGCUGAUAUAGUUUUGCCAGAACCUUCUCCAGAGUACAGAGUUAAAUUAGCUCAGGGUUUAUUCUAUAAAUUUUUAUUGGCUUAUGCUCCUUCCAAUAAACUUGAUUCAAAAUACAUAUCUGGCGGUAAUAUUCUCAACAGACCUGUUUCUAGCGGCAGGCAAAUAUUUGAAAAAAAUGAACAUGAUUAUCCUGUAAAAAAACCUACGGAGAAACAUGAAGGUCUCUUGCAGUGCUCUGGCGAAGCAAUAUUUACCAACGAUUUACCUCCUCAGUCACAGCAACUUUGGGCUGCCUUUUUUUCGGCUAAGAAGGUUGGUGCUACAGUGAUUGACAUUGAUUCAACUGAGGCAAUGAAAUUACCUGGUGUAGUGGCUGUAUUUACAGCUAAAGAUGUACCUGGAAAAAAUCUUAUUUCCGUACCAGACAACUUUUUCUUUGUCGAAGAGGAGGAACUUUUCUUAACUGGAGAAGUCAAAUUUUAUAACCAACCGGUUGGUAUUGUAGUGGCCGAAUCAAAUACUUUGGCAUAUAAAGCAGCUGAAUUGAUCAAAAUUAAGUAUGAGGGCAGCACCAAAGAAGUAUUUUCCACCCUUAGGGAAGUUUUAAAUGGUGGGCCAUCAAACAGGAUACAACAUUCUAUUAAAUCUGAUGCUACAGAAGAUGCAAUGAAAACGGACAAUUAUGAUUUAGAGAUGAAAGGUGAACUGGAAAUGGGGUUACAAUAUCAUUUCUUCAUGGAACCUCAUAGCACUGUAGCCAUACCUUCUGAAGGUGGCAUUCAAUUGUAUGUUGCUACGCAGUGGAUGGACUUGGUUCAAAUUGUGGUUUCAAAUCUACUGAACCUGAAAAAUAAUGAAGUUCAAGUUAUAACCCGUCGCCUUGGUGGUGGUUAUGGUGGUAAGGCCACGCGUUGUAAUCCUGUCGCUUGUAGCGCUGCUUUGGCAGCCUACAAACUGAACAGACCAGUCCGUUUUGUUCAAUCUAUUGAGUCAAUGAUGGAUACUUUAGGCAAAAGGUGGCCAUGCAAUGUGGACUACAAUUUUUAUGUGAAAGAGUCGGGUAAAUUCGUCAAACUAAUUUCUAAAUUUUAUGAAGACGCUGGAUAUUCUCCUAAUGAAUCUCCAAUGGGUCAUACCUUGCUGGUAUCAAAAAACUGUUAUGACUUCACUUCAGACAACUUUAUCUUGGAUGGCUAUAUGGUGUUGACCGAUUCUCCAAAUAAUACAGCAUGCAGAGCCCCGGGUUCUGUAGAAGGCAUAGCUAUGAUAGAAAAUAUCAUAGAACAUGCAGCCUUUGAAUUGGGUCUGGAUCCCUUAGAGAUUCGACUGACUAAUUUAAUUCCUGGGCACAAAAUGGCGUCCAUGAUACCACGAUUUAUCGACUCAACUCAAUAUAAAAUAAGAAGACAAGAAAUCAUUGAGUUCAAUAAGCAAAACCGAUGGAUUAAACGAGGUAUUGGUUUGGCUACUAUGGAAUAUCAUAUUGGUUAUUUUGGACAAUUCCCUGCAACUGUAGCAAUUUAUCAUGGUGAUGGUACAGUUGUUAUUACACAUGGCGGCAUAGAAAUGGGUCAGGGCAUGAACACAAAAAUUGCUCAAGUAGCAAGUCACACAUUGGACAUUCCUCUAGAGUUAAUUCGAAUUGAGGGCAGUAAUAGCAUUAACGGCGCUAAUUCAAUGGUAACAGGAGGUUCAAUUGGUAGUGAAACUGUUUGCUUUGCUGUGCGCAAAUGUUGCAAUGCGUUGAAUGAACUUCUCAAACCUAUUAAGGAAGAACUAAAAGAUCCUAAUUGGAAGAGUAUAAUAAAUGAAGCUCAUAAUCGUAAUUUAAAUUUAAUAGCAAGUGAUGGCUGUAAAACUGGUGAAAUGGACCCAUAUACUGUGUGUUCACUUGGUCUCACUGAAGUUGAACUAGAUGUCUUAACAGGAAAUUAUCUCGUCAAACGCGUAGACAUAUUGCAGGAUGCUGGAGAAAGUUUAAAUCCAAAUGUUGAUGUUGGACAGGUAGAAGGCGCAUUUGUAAUGGGUUUAGGCUACUGGACAACCGAACUCUGUGUCACAGACAAAACCACUGGAGAACUUAAAACAAAUCGUACAUGGAACUACAAACCACCUGGAGCUAAAGAUAUUCCAAUAGAUUUUCGUAUUGAACUUUUGGCACAAAGUCCAAAUCCGGCAGGUUUUAUGAGAUCAAAAGCAACUGGAGAACCUUCCAUAUGCUUGCCAGUUAAUGUAGCUUUUGCUCUACAACAGGCAAUGCAAUCAGCACGAGAUGAUGCUGAAUUGCCGAAGAAAUGGAUAACUUUAAGAGCCCCUAUGACACCCGAUUAUAUUCUUUUAAAUUGUGGAACGGAUGUCACCAUGAUGACUCUAGCAAACAAGUACUAAACUGUAGAAGUACUAAACUUUUAUUCGAUAUUAAAUGUAUUAAAUGUAUGCAUUUUAAAUUAUAAAUGUAUUUUAAUCGUUGUUAACUUUUUAUGUUAAAUAAAAAUCAAUUAACAAGUU